GAGAAAAUGUUUUUAAAACAAAAACAGAGAAAGAAACACUUUGUGCGUUGGCCGACGGAGGACGAAGAGCCAGCCAAGUUAUGCGAUAGUGUGCUAAAGCUUCAAACUUUAUAGCCCUUACUCAAAGAGUCCAAACCCAGGUAAAUUUCAAUGCUUAUUCAAUCCCUUGAUUUUCGAUUUUUCCCCUUAAGAAAGAACCGUCUUUUCGUUCAAUUUUCGACAAAGUUCCUUCCGGCCACACUUCAGUUUGUUUCCUCUUUCACUGCCCUUAUUGCUGCGAAUGAAGUAAACCCAUCUUUAAAAGUCCCACCUUUCAAAGAAAAGGCAAAGCUCGAAAGAAUUGGAAAAUUAAAACUUUAUUCUAAGAUUCUGCAUGAUUGUGCUUCGAAAGGGUAUUUGAGUUCAGCUAAAGUUCUUCACGGGAAGAUAAUAAGAAUUAGGUUUGAUCCAGAUUUGUUUUUAUGGAACUCUUUAGUGGAUGUUUAUGCGAAAUGUGGGAGCUUCGGAUAUGCUUGUAAAGUGCUUGAUAAAAUGCCUGAAAGAGACGUUGUGUCUUGGACUGCUCUGUUUUCUGGUUUAGUUAAUGAAGGGUAUGGAAAUGAUGUGUUGGGUUUUUAUUGUUUCAUGAAGAAAGAUGGAGUUAGACCAAAUGGGCAUUGCUUGGUGACUACUUUGAAAGCUUGUUCUUUGAAUUCAGAAUUGUUUUUUGGGACACUGUUGCAUGGAGAAGGUGUUAAAGUUGGGCUUUUGUUUGAUGUAUUUGUUGGUUCCUCUCUUGUUGAUCUUUAUGCAAAAUGUGGUCAGAUGGAAUUGGCAGAGAGAGUGUUUGUUUACAUGGAUAAAAAGAAUGUUGUGUCAUGGAAUGCAUUGCUUAAUGGAUAUGCUCUAAAGGGUGAUGCAGGAAAGAUUUUGGAUUUGUUCCGAGGGAUGACGGAAUCCGAAUUGAGGUGCAGUAAGUUUACUUUGUCAAAUGUGCUCAAAAGUUGUUCGUACUCGGAAAAUGUAACAUGGGGCUUGAUUGCGCAUUCUUUGGUGAUUAAGACCGGAUGUGAGCACGAUGAAUUUGUUGGUUGUUGCCUUCUUGACAUGUAUUCAAAAUGUGGAGUAGCUAGGGAUGCACUUAAGGUAUUUAAAAGGGUUCAAAGGCCCAAUACGGUAGCCUGGAGUGCGAUGAUCGACUGCCUUGAUGAGCACGGUCAGAUUCGAGAAGCAGCAGAGUUGUUUUGCCUAAUGAGACACAAAGGGGUAAGCCCCAAUCAACAUACGUUUGCAAGUAUUGCUAGUGUAGCUGCUAAUUUGGGUGAUCAGUUUUAUUGUGAAGCCAUUCAUGCUUGUAUACUCAAACAUGGAUUUGAAUCUGAAAUCAUUUUGUGCAAUGCACUUAUUGCAAUGUAUAUGAAAGUCAGGUCAGUCCAAAAUGGUUGGCAUGCGUUUAAGGAAAUUAGUUCUUGGGAUUUAGCUUCAUGGAAUGCUCUUCUUUCCGGAUAUCAUAGCGAUAAAACUUGUUAUCAGGGACCAGGUAUCUUUCACAAGAUGCUUGCUGAAGGUUUUAAGCCUGAUAUCUAUACAUUUACUAGCAUUUUAAAAUCUUGUUCCCAUCUUUUAAAUCUAAAAUUUGGACAGCAAGUGCAUGUCCAUAUAAUAAAGAAUGGCCUGAAUGAGAAUAAUUCAGUGGGAACAUCUCUUAUCGACUUGUAUGUUAAAAACGGAUUCUUGGCAGAUGCAGAUCUACUUUUUAGUCAAUUGAUUGAGAGAGAUCUUUUAUCAUGGACAACAUUAAUUUCUGGUUAUGCCAAAAGUGAUCGAUCGGAGAAGGCUAUCGAGUACUUCAAUCAGAUGCAAUGGCAAGGUGUGAAACCCAAUGAAUUCACUCUUGCCACCUGUUUGAGUAGUUGCUCCAAGAUGGCGAUGUUGGAAAAUGGGCAGUUGCUUCAUUCUAUGGCGAUUAAAGCUGGGAGUUUUGAUGAUGUGUUUGUAUCUUCUGCGAUUGUAGAUAUGUAUGCCAACUGUGGUUGCAUAGAAGAAGCUGAAGCUGCUUUCCAGGGCAUGGUGUUAACAGAUGUUGUUUCAUGGAAUACAAUGUUAUUCGGAUACUUGCAACAUGGGCAAGGAUCGAAUGUUCUAGAAACUUUCAAUACAAUGUUAGAUAAAUUCAUUGAGCCAGAUGAGGUUACAUUCAUUGCAGUUUUAUCUGCGUGUAGUUAUACAGGCUUGGUCAAAGAAGGGAAAGAGCACUUCGACUCUUUGACCAAGGUUUAUGGCAUGACACCUACAAUCAAGCAUCAUGCUUGUAUGAUCGAUGUAUUAGCCCAAGCCGGAAAGUUUAACGAAGUCGAAAGCUUCAUCAACGACACGGAGAUUACAUCGAACCCCUUGAUUUGGGAGACAGUUUUAGGGGCUUGUGCAAGGCAUGGGAAUGACAAACUUGGUGAAAGUGCUGCAGAGAAACUGUUGGGGCUUGACCCUGGUAUAGCCUCCCAUUACAUAUUACUAGCGAAUCUUUUUGCGGCCAAGGGUCAGUGGGAAGAUGUCCGACGAGUCAGGGCAUUGAUGACCCAUUGUGGUGUUAAGAAAGAAGGUGAGUGUAGUUGGGUGAUGGUCAAUGGUCGAGUGCAUGUUUUCAGGUCCGGAGAUGGUUUUCAUCCAAGACACGAGGAGAUCUACGUGAAAGGAGCUUCUUGUUCUGUUCAAUCACUUGAUUAUUACUUGUAUAUGCCUCAUAUUUUUGAUUGUUUGGAGUGAACUUAUUAAAAUUCCCCU